AUGCAAACCCAAUCAAAUGAUUUACCUACAAAGUUAGAAAGAAUCGGUGCUCAUUCUCACAUCAGAGGUCUUGGUUUGGAUGAUAACCUCGAUCCUAUAUCCUCUUCGCAGGGUAUGAUUGGUCAACUCAAGGCUCGUAAAGCGGCUGCGAUCAUUAUUAAAAUGGUUCAACAAUUCAAAAUCGCUGGUAGAGCUAUCCUUAUCGCUGGUCCUCCUUCUAGCGGUAAAACUGCUAUCGCUAUGGCUAUGGCUCAAUCUUUGGGUACUGAUGUUCCUUUCACUUCAAUAGCUGGCUCAGAAGUUUUCUCUCUUGAAAUGUCCAAAACUGAAGCUCUCACUCAAGCUUUUAGAAGAUCAAUCGGCGUGCGUAUAAAGGAAGAAAGUGAAAUCAUUCAAGGCGAAAUAGUCGAAAUUCAAAUUGAUAGAUCUCUAACUGGUGCAACUAAAACUGGAAAAUUAACCAUUAAGACUACUGAUAUGGAAACCGUUUAUGAUUUAGGCAACAAAAUGAUCGAUUCCCUGAAUAAGCAAAGAGUUUCAUCUGGUGAUGUUAUCACUAUCGACAAGUCUUCCGGAAAAAUCUCUAAAUUAGGUAGAUCCUUUACAAAGUCAAGAGAUUAUGAUGCUAUAGGUCCUGAUACCAAGUUUGUUCAGUGCCCAGAAGGUGAAUUACAGAAACGCAAUCUUGUUGAGCAUACCGUCUCUUUACAUGAAAUUGACGUUAUAAAUAGUAGGACACAAGGUUUUCUGGCUUUAUUUAGCGGUGAUACUGGUGAAAUCAAACCUGAAUUACGUGAACAGAUUAAUUCAAAAGUUGCUGAAUGGCGUGAAGAAGGUAAAGCUUCGAUUGUGCCAGGCGUACUUUUCAUUGAUGAAGUACAUAUGCUCGAUAUCGAAUGCUUCUCUUAUUUAAAUAGAGCUCUAGAAAGUGAAUUAGCUCCACUUGUCAUUAUGGCUUCAAAUCGCGGUUACGCUAGAAUUAGAGGUACCAAGUAUACAAGUCCACAUGGAAUCCCUGCAGAUUUAUUAGAUAGAUUACUUAUAAUAUCAACAAAGCCAUAUGAGCGCGAUGAAAUUUUCAAGAUUGUACAAUUACGUGCACAGGAGGAGGAUGUCACACUUAAUGAAGAGGCUAUGACCUUACUAGAACGAAUUGGUGCUGACUGCGGUCUGAGAUACGCCUUAAACCUGAUAGCACCUGCACAGCUAUGUGCGAAGCGCCGCAAAGCUAUUGACGACGUCGUACAUCCUCAAGAUCUUCAAAAGGCAUUUAGUUACUUUAUGAAUGACAAGCGAAGCGUUGACUUCCUUCGUGAACAAGGCCAAUUGUUAAUGUUCAAUCAAAGCAGUGAUGGUGAACCUAUGAACAUGACCUGA